AUGGCGUCGAGCGAUCGCACAGUGUUGCAGUUCUCUUUAUCAUCAUCUUCGCAAAGCUUAUCCGCGAAGGUCCACCCUCUCGUUAUCUUCAACAUCUGUGAUUGCUACGUUCGGCGCCCUGACCAAGCCGACCGCGUCAUUGGAACCCUACUCGGCUCCGUCCUUCCCGACGGAACCGUCGAUAUUCGCAAUUCCUAUGCUGUUCCUCACAACGAGUCUAUCGAGCAGGUUGCUUUGGACAUAGAGUAUCACCACAAUAUGUUAAUAUCCCACCAAAAAGUGAAUCCAAAAGAAAUCAUAGUUGGAUGGUAUUCUACUGGUCUUGGAGUAACUGGUGGUAGUGCAUUAAUCCAUGAGUUUUAUUCUCGAGAAGUACAAAAUCCUAUUCAUUUGACUGUUGAUACUGGAUUUACAAAUGGAGGGGGUACCAUCAAGGCAUAUGUGUCUCACAAUUUAUCUCUUGGAGAUCGGCAAAUUGCUGCACAGUUUCAAGAAAUUCCAUUAGAUCUUCGUAUGGUUGAAGCUGAGCGAAUUGGAUUUGAUAUGCUUAAGGCAACUGCAGUUGACAAAAUUCCCUCAGAUUUAGAAGGGAUGGAAGCAUCAAUGCAACAUCUACUAGUCUUGAUUGAUGAUAUCUACAAAUAUGUAGACGAUGUUGUGGAAGGACGAGUUGCACCUGACAACAAAAUCGGGAGAUUUAUAUCUGAUGCUGUAGGUUCCCUUCCUAAAGUGUCACCACCAGUUUUUGAUAAGCUUGUGAAUGAUUGCUUGCAGGAUCACUUGCUUUUGCUAUAUUUAUCCAGCAUCACAAGAACGCAGCUUAGCUUGGCGGAAAAAUUGAACACAGCUGCUCAGAUUCUGUGA